GAGCCAAAGAGGGAGGGGAGAGAGGUAGGGCGCGAUGGCGGCCGAGCGGGGCCGGUGGCGGCGGCCAGGGCUGAGGCGGGGACGGCCAGAGAGGCGGCAGCAGCCGCAGCAGCCGAGGGUGGAGUGGCGCUGCAGGGCGGGCCGAGCUUGGAGCGGCAGGUGGUGCUGCUGAGAGAGCCCCAGUGGGCCAGGCCGGGCGCCAUGAGCCAGGGCAGCGGAAGCGGCGGCGGCGAGCCUGAGGCCAAGGCCCUCCAUACCAAGCGACUCUACCGAGCGGUGGUAGAAGCAGUGCAUAGAUUGGAUCUCAUUCUUGGAAACAAGGCAGCUUAUCAAGAAGUAUUUAAACCGGAGAACAUCAGCCUGAGAAACAAGUUACGUGAACUAUGUGUGAAGCUGAUGUUCUUACACCCGGUGGAUUAUGGGAGGAAAGCGGAAGAAUUGCUGUGGAGGAAAGUUUACUACGAGGUCAUCCAGCUCAUUAAAACAAAUAAGAAGCACAUUCAUAGUCGCAGUACUCUGGAGUGUGCCUACCGUACUCACCUUAUUGCCGGUAUUGGGUUUUACCAGCACCUUCUUCUCUACAUUCAGUCUCACUAUCAGCUGGAGCUCCAGUGCUGUAUUGACUGGACACAUGUGACAGAUCCUCUGAUAGGCUGCAAGAAACCUGUGUCUGCAUCGGAGAAGGAGAUGGAGUGGGCUCAGAUGGCCUGCCACCGCUGUCUGGUUUAUCUGGGAGAUUUAGCUCGGUAUCAGAACGAAUUGGCAGGUGUGGACACAGAAUUGCUGGCUGAGAGGUUUUACUAUCAAGCCCUUUCUGUUGCACCACAAAUAGGCAUGCCCUUUAACCAGCUGGGGACACUGGCUGGGAGCAAAUACUACAACGUGGAAGCCACCUACUGCUACCUGCGCUGUAUCCAGUCAGAAGUGUCCUUCGAAGGUGCUUAUGGGAACCUCAAACGCCUCUAUGACAAGGCUGCCAAAAUGUAUCACCAGCUGAAGAAAUGCGAAGCCAGGAAACUGUCACCAAGUAAAAAGAGGUGCAAAGACAUUAAAAGGUUACUAGUGAGCUUCAUGUACCUGCAUAGCCUCCUGCAGCCAAAGAGCAGUUCUGUGGAUUCUGAGCUGACGUCUCUCUGCCAGUCAGUCCUGGAGGAUUUCAACCUCUGUCUGUUCUACUUGCCCUCUUCGCCCAACCUGAGCUCUGCCAACGAUGACGAAGAGGAAUGCGAGAAUGGCUACUCUUUCCUGCCAGACCUCCUCAUCUUCCGCAUGGUUAUCGUCUGCCUGAUGAGCGUCCACAGCCUCAAGAGGGCAGGCUCCAAGCAGUAUAGCGCAGCGAUUGCUUUCACGCUGGCCCUCUUUUCGCACCUCAUCAACCAUGUCAACAUUCGCUUGCAGGCGGAGCUGGAAGAAGGCGAGAACCCAGUGCCAGCCUUCCAGAAUGACGGGGCAGAAGAGCCGGAGUCCCGCGAGCCAUCAUCAAAUUCUGUUGAGAAAGAAGCUGAGGCUGAUCUAGCCAACCACAGACCCAGUGAGGAGCAGAGGAAGAGUGAGAGCAAAAGGGGCAAGAAAUUCUCACGCCUCUCUUGCCUUCGCCGCCGCCGCCAUGCCCAGAAGGUGGACGAGAGCGACUUGAGCGAGGGCUUUGACUCCGAUUCCAGCCCUGGUUCCACCAAGGGCAGUGACGGCUCUGAGACAGGCUCAGAGAAGAGUGACGAAGAGGCUGAAGCAGCUUUUGACAUGGAGACGGACUCUGACAUGAACAGCCAGGAGUCCCGCUCAGACUUGGAGGAUAUAGAGGAUGAGCCGGAUGCAGACGGGGGAGGCCCAGCCAGGAGCAUGAGGAAUGGAGACAGGGAGCCCUUGGGCUCUGUGGAAAGUGAAGGCAGGCCGGUGGACUCCAAAAGCCCUGGCAUUCCCAAGACCGAGCCCCUGGAGCCUGUGGCCAAUGGGCCGGGCUCGCUGGGCACCAGUGACGCUAGCAUAGCCAGCAACCUGCAAGCCAUGUCCACACAGCUCUUCCAGACCAAGCGCUGCUUCCGACUGGCCCCCACUUUCAGCAACGUCCUCCUCAAGCCCAGCUGUGGACCACCUUCCCAGAAAGAGGCAGUGGACAGCAAGCCUUGCAUCAAUGGGGACAUCGAGAGGCCUAGCAUGGCUGAGCAAGAUGAUGCUUCAGAGUCAGAAGAAAGUGUUGCCAGUAGCAAAUCCUGCAAGAACGAGCGUUCCCUCCAGGAGAAGCUGGAGAUCAUAACCAACGAGGGGCUGCUGCCGACUGUCAAGGUGUUCCUAGACUGGCUGAGAACAAACACUGACCUUAUCAUCAUGUGUGCACAGAGCUCUCAAAGUUUGUGGAACAGACUUUCUGUCCUUCUAAACCUACUUCCUUCAGCUGGAGACUUGCAAGACUCGGGGCUGGCCUUCUGCAAUGAAGUGAAGAACAUGUUGCCGGGGAGUGAACUUCCAGACCUGAGUGCCUGCUUGCUCCUUCCGGAAGACGUGGCCCUCCGUAACCUUCCCCCGUUGAAGAAUGCACACAAGAGGUUUAAUUUCGAGCAGGACAGACCUGCGCUUUCAGAAGUGGAGGAGUCUGUGGUUCGUAUAUGCUGCAUCCGGAGCUUUGGCCACUUCAUCACCCACCUGCAAGGCAGCAUUCUGCAGUUCAACUCGGAAGUCGGGAUCUUCAUCAGCAUUGCACAGUCUGAGCAGGACAAUUUGCUGCAGCAGGCCCAGGCCCAAUUCCGCAUGGCUGCGGAGGAAGCACGCCGGAACAGGCUCAUGAGAGACAUGGCUCAGCUUCGGCUGCAGCUGGAGGUGUCACAGUUAGAAGGAAGUCUCCAGCAGCCCAAAGCACAGUGUGUCAUGUCCCCCUACCUAGUCCCUGACACCCAGGCGCUCUGCCAACACCUCUGCACCAUCAGGCAGCUGGCCGCCAGCGGGAGAUUCAUUGUCAUCAUCCCACGCACAGUAAUUGAUGGCUUGGAUUUCCUGAAGAAAGAGAAUGCAGGAGCUCGCGACAGUAUCCGAUACUUGGAGGCAGAAUUCAAAAAGGGAAACAGGUACAUUCGCUGCCAGAAAGAAGCUGGGAAGAGCUUUGAGAGGCAUAAAUUGAAGAGGCAGGAUUUAGAUGCUUGGAACCUUUAUAAAAUACUGGACAGCUGCAAACAGCUGACAACAUCACAAGGGAGCAGCGAAGAUGACACCACCGGAAUGGUGACCAUCAUCACAGGCUUCCAAGUGGACGACCUGAGCAAACUUUCUGCACCCAUGCAGUCUGCGAUCCAGGCAGCAGCCAGUGCCAGCGUUGAAGUGAAAAAUGUUCUGGAAUUCUUCAAGCAGUGGAAGGAAAUGGGUUGAGGACACAGGAGCCGCUGGGUUGGUUGAAGCUUUGUCUCCCCGUCUUGGGACGCGCAGAGUUGGAACGAAAGAAGUCAAAAUACAGGCGCUCUUUGGACACGAAGCCGCAGCAGCAGCAACAACCCAUGAAAACGAGCAAUCGGGGCGUGCGCACGAAACACAGGCGCGCGUGCACACCCCGCCAUCACCUCCCCCUCUCACAGAACAGGUGGCGUCCGUGGUGGACAAUGCAGCCGCUCUGAGAAGAGAGACGUAUCUCGGCCGGAUGGAGGAGAGACGGUCUCCUUUCUCCCAGCUGAUGGAGACAAGCGAGGUUGGCAAAUGGGAGGGGAUCCAUUCAUCUCCACUAAGCCUGCUUGAUUUCUCAUCUUUGGAAAUCCGCAGGCAGAUUUUCUUGCCUGCGCAUAAACAAAAGAGAGAAUUUCACAAUACCUGCCAUCGCAUCCAUGCUGCGGAAACAGGAGGCUGAAAGAGCCCAGCGAUCCUGAGAGAGGGGACCAGGAUUUGCAGAUGACUCUUGCGGGGAGAAACUGGUGAUGGGGGAAGUGGACGUGUUCUUUUUUUUUUCCUCUCCCCCUGCUUUUAAAAAAUUCCUGCCUUCUUGGUUUUUCUUCCCCUUUAAAAAGGGUUCUGGACUUUGCAAUGUUUGAAAGAUUUAAAAGUAACAAGGAAACCAUGAUAAUUAAAAACAACAGCUAUAAAAGGCUCUUUAUAUGGGAAGCUUUAGGAAGAAAAUUUAUUUAUUUCCUUAUUGGGGCUGAGGGAGGGAGAAGAGUGGGAAAAAACCAAAACCAAGUGACUUCUCCAUUUGCCUCCCUUUCCGCGCCUUGCCUCUCUGUCCAAAAUUCCUCGUGUUUCUUUUCUUUUCCUUGCUUUUCUCGUAAAUCGUUGACCUGUUUUGUGAGUGGUGAUGUAGAUCUGGCUUGGGCUGCUUGGACAGGGAGUGCAGAGAACGCGCCUGGUACCCGUCUCCUCUCCUCUGAGGUUAAAUGAAAAUGUGCAGAUGGUGCUGACGACCCUCCACUGCCCCUUCCAUUCCCCCACUGGCUGUGAGCAGGUGACUUAGAACGUGGCUGGUGAUCUACCAGUUUGGUUUGAGUUUCUUUGGAAGAACAUGGAGGCGGUUUUGAUCUGAAAAACCUCUCUCAGGCGGCAGGUUCCUACUGCCAGGAAAAGACAAGCGUGAAGCUCAGCCCUUCGGGAAUGAGCUCUGGCGAGGAACAAAAGGAGCCUGUCAAAUAAGAUUUGGGAGGAAGGAACCCUGGUGGUGUCUGUCGCUGCCUGUGAACCUUUUGGGGCUUCCCUUCUGUGCCUGUUUCCUUAAGAGAGAGAAAAAUCCAGGCAUGGAUGAAUAUUGCCCUGCAGUUAAGGGUCUGGAGUGGGAUUCUCCACGUUAAUUGGUCUACAGAGGAAAUACCCACAAGCGAGUCUGGGUGUCCUUUCUCUAUACAAUCAGUAUUCCUGGGGAGAGGGCACCAGUGGCAAGAAAAAGAUGAUACUGGCAUGGCAAAUCAUUCCUUAAGAAAGCCAAAGCUUUUGCCCUCCCAUCCAAAAGGCAUCUUGGGGCCAAAUAUCAUUUGUCCUACACGUUAAGCAAAAGUCGUCUUGCCUUUUCUCCCUCCAGCUUUCUAUGAUAGGAAGAUGUGGAGAGAACUGUAAUGCUGAUGAUCUCAGUUUCCACCAAGGAGAUAACAAAUUGGAAUUGAAAUGGGUAAAGGCCAAAUUGCCCAGGGCAAACCAGGAGUACUACUUGGUUUUUAAAAAGUGCAUUGUCUCUCCCUGUUUCAACAUUCCCCACUUUCAGUUACUUUAGGAAGAGAACCAGGUAGAGUCUGCGCCUUUGCAGCACCGGGUGCCAUCCAGUGGCACCAUCUUGAACAACAGCUAAGCUUUCAUUUUCCCUAUGGUUUUGGCACUUGGCCCUGUGUUUCUUCUGUUGCUGUCCCUAAUAGGCUUGCUUCCUUUGGGGUCAAAACUGGGGUUAAAUCUUGCACCCUAUUGUGGCAUUUCCUGGUGUGCGGCCCCACUGUCCACAUCUGACCCAAGAGACAUUAAGAGCGAAUUUGUUUACUGUUUCUGUUCUCUGCAGAGCUCGUGGCAAGAUUUUGCUAUAAACACAAAAGGGUUGGGCCCUGUGGGUCAAUUCUGCUAGCAGUGCACCCUUCCCUUGACGCAAGCGGGGAAGAACGGCUCCUUGAGCCCAGGGGAAGGCGUUGCAGUUAGCAAGAUGCAUGGGAUCCAACCCAGGGUUUUCACAGCUCAGUCACCUGGCCUCUCCUGUUUCAGCAUUUAUUCCUGCCUUGGUUAAAGCAGGAGGGAGAAGCCGUUCAAGGGUGGGAUGGCAACUUGUGUGGCCUCCUUAGAGCAGCAAGAGGAGAGGAAUGCCCUUCAGCGUGUCUAGAGAGCACAGGCCACAGAAACACAAAGCAUGACAACAGCAACCAUAAGUGUGAUUAACAAAUGAUAAAUGUAGUGAGGUUUGACCUCAUUGAAAGAGACUUCCUGAAAUUGCGUUCAGCUGAAGAGUUAACAAGGGUGUGCGUGCGUGCAUGUGCAAGAUAACAUGAAAAGGGAAUUUUUUAAAAAGGCUUACACAACUUGUGAAUUAGCAAGCCACGUACAGCCAUGUGGGGACUGAAUAAGGCUCCUGUUUUUGCUGCCUGUGUGGGUCAGCAACAACAGAGGCAAUGCACCUGGCAGGCCCCAAUUCAUAGCUGAUGGGUUUGGUAGAUCAGGUAUAGUGCAUGUAUUUGCAGAGUUCACUGGUUCUCUUUUUAUUAAAAAAAACGUAUGGCCACAGUAAAUGAGAGAGGUGGGCUUUAUGAAUGGUUUGCCUGCCCUGAGCCUCUUUGAUGUGAAUUCCUGCCAUUUUAAUCUGUGAUUCUCUUAAAGUGAAGGUGGGUAAGGAGGUCUCUGUGCACAAUUUGGCAGAACCCUCCUACGAGCAUUCAAGAGGGCCUGAGCUGGUAGCUACAGUGUCAGGGAAGCUCAACCCAUGGGUGGGAUUUAAUUGGAAGUGGGUGGGGCUUUCUAGAGCAGACUUGACAGAGCUUGCUAAUUUGGGAUGUGGAUUUGUUGCGGGGGGGGGGGGAGCUAUUGAACUGCUGAUCUUAACCCUUCUGAUAGGAAAGUCUUCCCAAGGGUAUGCUUAGGGGGGCAGCCCACGUAACAUAUCUUCUCUAUUCCUUUGGGUAGGAGCUGUGAGGGCAUACGCUUUUUAAAAAUCUCAGCCCUUGCAGAUUGUGCAUUUCCAAUGUAUACACCUAAAUUACUUUAAAACUUGUCUUCGUUCUGAAAUGAUUAAAUUUACCCAGAGCGUAAUCCUUAUCAGGUUGUUGAUGAGAUAGCAUUCUGCCCCGAAGGAAAAACGCUUUACUGCUGCUGUGUGACAAAUUUAGGAGCAGAGGGUGGCUGCUUGCAUGCUGCCAAAUUCUCAGUCAGUGGGAGCUUCUCUAACACCCAUCAGCACCACGUCUUAGACUCCUAAUUUCUACCAGCAGGUAAUUUUGGCCAUCAGGCUUCAAAUCCAGUUCAGCAGUUCUUCCUCAAAUAGUCAGCAACAGAGGCUGGUAGACGACGAGCCUUCGUUUUCUAGAACUGGGAAGGGAAGUAGGUAGGUGCGGAAGAUUUCAGUCACUGAUGUUCUUCCCUUGGCCUGUUCUAUGUACAAUGUAGCUACGAAGGCAGCAAAAUGUUUGGUCCAGUUCACGUGCAAAGGCUCUUCUGUGCAUGCUGCUGUUGUCUUUUUUUGUUGCUCCUGGGGGGGGGGGAAGGAUCAGUAGGGAUUUGUUCAUCUGGAUUUAAUGCUGGCUGAAGUCCACAGCAGAUGCAUGUUCGACAAAUUAUGAAAUCUUAAUUUGUCCCCAGAGGCAUUAGUUGUGGAAGCCAUAAAGUACGCAAGGCCCCUUUUAGACAAGAUGGUUUCCCUUGAUAGCACAUGGCAGCCGCCAGGUUCAAAAAAGCACAUUCAGGAAAACAUUGGAAAUACCCUUUUGAAAAAUAUCCUCAUAACCAGCCAUGCAAUUCUUCCUGUAGAGCUACCAAGCUCUUCCUCCUGAGGGUUAGAUAACUCCAGUAACUAGCUAAACAGGAAGAGACCAAAAUGAAAAACUGGUUUAAUUUAUCCACCUUUAUGCUUUUGGGUAGUGGGUUUUUAACUGUUUGGGGGAGGGGUUCGACUGUUGCCUGCCAGGUCACUUGUCUUCAUUUUGAGAUGUUAAAUUUAUCCAGACUUGUCAGGUUGGUGAUUUGCUGCUGUGGCAUUGUUUGGAAGUCUUGAUCUGAGUCUAGUGCCUGGGGAGAGUGGUGUGUGUCUGUGUGUUGUGUUUUCACAUGAAACAUUAGCCAUGGGGGGGGGGGGAAGGGGGGUUGGAUCUCACGGCUGCGUUCCACUAACAGUGGUGCGCUCUUCUUUGGUGCAAGAGGCCUUCCCCUAUCACAAGAGAGAGCCUCUUGAAUCCGGGGAAAGCUCCGUGCUGCAGGGGAGAAGGGCACCAUGAACAGGACAGGGCUGUGGGAGCCAGCCCACUGUUGACGUGUUCGGUGCCGAUGUGCUCAUUGUUAACAUAAGAGAGUGAAGUUGCCAUGAAUCGAGGUUUCCCCACAGGAAAGGGAAAUGGCUUCCGGUCAUGACUCUGCUUCCAAAGACGUCAUGGUCAACAAUGAACAAGGAGGGAUUUCAAAAGGCAACAUGCUCUGUGGGAGGGAGUGGGCAUGUGCACUCAGGUGCGUGCAUACGAAUAGCCAUUCAGUGCACUGUGAAUUUGUGGUGCAGACACCAUCGCUAGGCUAAUUGCCGUAUAGGAGCAUACAUGAAGCUCUUUCGAGAGCGGGUGGAAGGAGGAGGAAGCAGCCUACUCUGAUUUGACCCCUGAUUUCAUAACACACCUUGACUGUGAAUGGUUGGAAUGCAUCAACUGGCUUAAUAAAAA